CACUGGCAUUGGUGCAAAAUGCCCGGAUCUUCAUCGCUUCCCAUUCACCGCUUGGACGAGGUGGACAACUCGCUUGUCAGCCACAUCAAACUGAGAACGUACUCCUACACUGGACAGGCCUAUUUUCAGGAACUUGCAGAGACGCUUUGCGAGUGUUUGGGCGUAGUGGUUGCUUUUGUCGGGCAGUUGGCGGAGGAGGACGAUGAGACGACACCACAGUUAGAUUCAACAAGAGACGAAUGCAAAGUUGGAAAAAGACCGUGCAAUAGUAGAGAUGUGGGGUUUUCUCUCAUCGCUUCUUAUUCCCAAGAACGUGUUCGAAAUACAUCAGCAACGGUGUUCCCAAUCCCCAAAGACAUCUUUGCUCACCUAGACCAAGGAGACCCGAUUGUUAUCCCUUCCCAAUUGGCAUCUAUCAUCCCAACUUCCACCUUAAAAGCAUUUCCCGAUGCAAACCUCGAAUCCUGCUGUCUAUUAGCUCUCAAAAAUGCGAGUGGUCGCACAAUAGGCAUCUUGGGCGUAGGAACAAACGUACAGAACUCGCUCCAUCUGCAUGCCAUGGCGCCAGAGUCUGCAUCAACCCCGCUCGCUGCUGGCGUCUUGAAAGAGGUUGGAUGCAGAGUGAGCAAGGAACUCGAGCGCUCAACGGAACUACGUCACCUCAAAAUUGAAUCCGCAGCUGCGCAAGCAGCAACGAAAUCCAAAACGCAUUUCCUGGCAAACAUGAGUCACGAGAUAAGAACGCCGGUUUCUGCCAUCAUAGGGCUCACAGAUAUGAUUCUUUGGGAUUCAAAUGAUUUGAAAGACGAACAAAGAAACCGACUUGAACUGAUAAACUCAAGCGGCGAACAUUUGCUAGCUGUUAUCAACGACAUUCUAGACUUGUCAAAGAUUGGGGAUGAGGAUCUCAAGUUUGUCCUACAGGACCGUCCCAUGUCGCUGCGACGAUGUCUGAAGGAGGCGGUUCACCUCGCAAGCAUGUCACCAAGUCUAUCGAAAAAAAGAAUAACUGUUGUGGAGGGGCAUGCAGCAAAUACUACUCCGAUCAUGUUCAAGCCUGUGGAACCCGUCGAGGGAGCAGCACCCGCUCUGUUGCUGCGUUGGGACGUUGAUCCAUCUGUUCCUGACAUGAUAGUAGGGGACACGACGCGACUGCGACAAAUCGUCAUGAACCUCCUAUCCAACGCAUUAAAGUUUACGAAUCGCGGUGCUGUGACUCUUAAUGUGACAAAACUUCCAUCGUCUCCCCUUGCCAACAACUUUACAGCGGAUAGCCCGCUCUUUGGUCCUUCUGGAUCAGAAGAUGGCGAGGAGCAGGCGGUGACACUGAGCGGUUCUCCUACGUUUGAAGGGCGGCAUAUACCCACUCCUCCGCAAACGCUGGAUCGGCGGUCCUCUAUUGCCGGCAUUCGCUCUAAUUAUGCUGCGUCGGCUGGGACUAUGAGCACAGUUAUCGAUUCGAAGCAGGACCCGCAACAGGAACAGGAUAUGAAGGCAGCUGACGAGAGAGUGUCACUAUUGUUUACCGUCGUGGACACUGGUAUUGGUAUUCCACGUUCCAAAAUCAACCGGCUUUUCAUCCCGUUCUCGCAAAUCGACAAUGAAGUCACGCGGGGUUCUGGCGUUGGGACGGGACUCGGACUUGCCAUCUCAUCUCGUCUCGUGCAGAUGAUGGGUGGACAUAUUUGGGUUGAGAGCUCAGAGGGCGUCGGGAGCAAAUUUGCAUUUUGCAUUGGUGUCAAACCUGCACCUCCCGGUGCAACAGGAGCAUCUGGCCUUCACCAUGGUGUCAGCGAAAUCGGGAGCGCAGAAUCAGUGGUGACAGCAUUGCCGCCUCUCCCAGAAGCACGCGCGACAGAGCUGGAGGACUCGACUGUGGUAGGAGACCAGGCAAUGACCAGGACUCGGCGCAAUGCACGGAUCAACCGAGAUUUGGCCAAGAUGUAUCCGAUCAAAAUAUUGGUGGCUGAGGAUAAUGCUAUCAACCAACAAAUUGCUUUGAGUGUCUUGAAGAAAAUGGGGUAUGAAGCAGACAUUGCAUGGAAUGGACGAGAAGUGCUGCAAAAGAUCUUUGAUGAAGGGAAGCAUUACGAUUUGAUACUAAUGGAUAUAUGCAUGCCCUAUCUGGAUGGUUUGGCAACAACACGAGAGCUGUUGGCUCGCUGUAAGACGCCACCUUUACCAUCACUUCCUAUCUCAACCAGCACGUCAUCGCGGACAGUAUCCCGCGCGCCACCAUCCAUAGUUAUAAUAGCACUCACCGCCUCUGCAACAACGGACGAUCGAGCCAAGUGCGAACAAGCCGGCAUGCACGACUGGCUGGCCAAGCCUUUCAAGGCCCUCGAACUUCAGGAAAAAAUUGCCAAACAUUUUGGACAUUUAGUAGUGAGUACUGUUGCCGCUGCAGCCGAGCCCCUCGCUCCUGGGUCGGCAGCCAAACCCACCAAGCUAUCAUCCGCACCGGCAUCUACCACCAUUAUCCCCAUUGAUCAAGUGGUUGCUGCUGUUGUCGAGGAUAUCAGGGAAGAACAGCGAUUGUUGCGGAAUGGGAAAACCGACGGAGAGCAAGACCCCUUGGAUGGAGGUCACACGAGAAAUAGUAGUACUGAGGUUAAGGCAUGAUGAGCAUGUGGCCGUGAUUCUCUUUCGUCUUUUUUUUUUUGGUUUGGUUCUGUAUACAUUUUGACGAUUCCCCAGGCUUUUUUUUCCUUUUUUUUAUUGCUGGGGAAUGCCUAUUCUGCCCUUCCCCCAUUCUUCUCUUCCUUUUUUUUUUUUGGAAUGGUCUCUCUUUGAGCCCACAAAGGUACCUUUUGGUAUACAAUGCGAAUAUCAUGUGAAAGAAUAGAAUAGAUAUUAAGGA